UCAGGUUAAAACCUACCCAGAAUUGUCAAUGUUGGUAGUGUUUUAUGGAGUUAUUAACGGAUAGAAGUCGCCAAGAUUUUAUGUUACAUGGUGAUUUUCUAUUAAGUCUGAGAUUUUGAAAACCACAUUUUUCAACGUUAUUUAUUGAAGAAAAAUUACGAAAUAAUUAUGAAUAACAAUAUUCCUGGAGGUAUGGUCCAGAGCAAGGAAUCAUCAUAUGUGCCAACAGUUGUAGUGACAGGUUUUGGACCCUUUCGUUUUUAUGAUGUCAACCCAAGCUGGCGUGCUGUGGAAGAACUAGGGAGGAUUGGAAUUGAGGGGGUAAAUCUAAUUGUUAAGGAGAUUCCUGUUGCAUACAGUGAUGUUCAAGAAAGAGUUCCUCAGCUUUGGCAGCAGUACCAGCCCAAGUUGAUGAUACACUGUGGGGUGUACGAAACACAUGACACUGUUCAGCUUGAACGGAAGGGUCAUAAUGCUCAUUACAACUCCCUCGACAUAAAAGGCUGUACUCCAUUGAAUAAUUGCUGUAAGGAAGAUGGACCAGAAACCUUAGAAUCUUGUAUUGAUAUGACUUCUGUGAAAAACGACCUGGUUACUAAGAAUGGAUGUUUUGCAGUUGAAAUUUCUGAAGAUUCCGGGAGGUAUAGUAUACAGCUUUGAAUAUACAAA